GGCAGACGUUUGCGUGAUGCAACGUCAGAUGAUAGUAUUACGAAUAAUACAUCAUAGUUGGUGAGUCAUUUAGUGAAUUGUUUGUUGACCGGAGGAAUAUUGAUCCGCAAUCCCCGAAGAACUGUGGUCCAGUGGCAUCGGUUCAUCUUUGUGGAGAAAUUAAUCGUUAAUCAAACAGAAUGGGCCAACGCCAAGAUCGACAACGAGAAGCCUCCCAACGAGUGGAGUUCGAUCCAGAAGGGGACAACGGUCUUGUCCUCUCCUCGACCUACAUUCCCGAAGAACUCUUAGGUGAAAUAUUCUGCUACAUCGACCCCGUGACCCUCCUGAGCUUCCAACUGGUGUGUCAACGCUGGAAGAACAUCAUCCAAGAGUACGUCUGGAGGAAAAAAGCUGAACUUGUGUUCGGCCAGUCCCUGCAAUCCAUCAAAGACCUUCGAUGGAGUGUCUAUUAUCACAUAUGCAGGGGAAAACUUUUCGAGAGGAAUCUUGUGAAAAAUCACUCGGGUCAAACGGGAUUGGAUAAAUCCUGGCACAUCAUCAGUCAAGGGGGGGAUCACUGGAGAGUCGAGAAACCUCCUGUGGGCGUCACACCUCUACCCAAGGACCCUGUUUUCGAGGGGAAUCAAAGUUGCUUUGCAACUUCUUACUACACGUGUACCAAGUCACAAGCGAUUGAUCUAGUAGCCGAGGGCUUCAAUGCUGAGAUUCUAGACAAUUUUCAACCAUCCAUAAUGGUUGGCGAAUGGUACAGUGCCCGAUGGGAUUGUCCAGCAAUUUACGAACUCCUAGUAAUCCUAGUCAACGACAAAAGAAAAGAGAUCGACAGGUUCCAGUUUUUCGAUGCAAUAGACGGCUCAAAGCAGAAUGAAUGGCAUCACGUGUCUCACGAGUUCGAAAAUUACGGUCCAGGUGUGAGAAAAAUAAUAUUCCAGCACACUGGCAAGGACAGUCUCUUCUGGGCCGGCCACUACGGUAGUAAAAUGGCCGGUGCCUCAGUAGUCUUCAAAGUACCUCAGAAGCCUCCAACAUCAACUGAGCCCCGAAGAAUCUCCUCAGCGAGCCUCGAUGUAGACGCCAAAAUGUAUUACGCUGAUCUUGAGACAGAAUCUGAUUCGGAUCUGAACGAUGAUGAUUAAGGAUUUCUAAAUUAUCAUCAAGUUUCUAUCUAAACGAAUUUAUCAUUUUUAUUCACUCUGUUGCCGGCAACAUAUUUCGAUAGUUUAUUAGCACUUUUUGAAUAAGCCAAAUGAUUUUAUACAAUUUAUUAAAAUAACUUAAUAUUGAAUAAUGAAUAAAUUAGGCAAAUUGAUUGAAAA